AUGGGCUUCUUCAGUACCCAUGCGUCCGGAACGCUUGAUCCUCCGGAGGUGCGAAACUGGCGCAUUCACUUGAUCGCCCUCGUCGCGAGCAUGUCAGCUUUGGCUAUGGGCUAUGACACUGCAGUUAUUGGAGGAACAAUGGCACUGGACUCGUUCCGGCGUGAUUUUCACCUGGACGAAGUUAGCUCGACAACCCGCGAUACCAUCCAGGGCAACAUCGUCUCAACAUUUCAGGCCGGUUGCUUCUUUGGCGCCCUAUUCACGUUCCCCAUCGCCGAGAAAUUCGGUCGCAGGAAGACAGUCAUGCUCGCCGGAACCGUAUUUCUCAUCGGUGGCACUCUUAUGACUGCAGCCAGCGGAAACCUGAACUUGAUCUACGCAGGCCGUGCCAUUGCUGGUUUGGGAAUCGGGGCAUCAUCGUUGACUGUCCCCGUUUACAUCGCCGAGACGGCCCCGCCUUCGAUCCGUGGUCGACUAGUCGGCAUCUUCGAAAUCGCCUCCCAAGGAGGUGGUAUGCUGGGCUUCUGGAUCAACUACGCUACUGACAGGACGAUUGAUGUCGGGUCAAGGGCCCAGUGGAUCGUACCCCUCGCAAUUCAGCUAUUGCCAGGCUUGGGACUCGCGCUAGGCAUGAUCUGGUGCCCAGAGUCUCCCCGUUGGCUCGCACGUGGAGACCAUUUUGACUCUGCAGAGCCAGGCUUGGGACUCGCGCUAGGCAUGAUCUGGUGCCCAGAGUCUCCCCGUUGGCUCGCACGUGGAGACCAUUUUGACUCUGCAGAAAGAAUCUUGACCCAGAUCCGUGGUCUACCUGCAGAUCACGAGUACAUUCGCCGUGAGAUGAAUGAUAUUCGCACUCAGGUCGAGCAGCGUACGUCUCAACGCAUGACGAAGAAGCAAAUGUUCCAAAAGCUUUUCCAAAAAGGUAUUCGAAAUCGCAUGGGCCUGGGCAUGGCGCUCAUCCCGAGAAUUUUCGAAACUCUUGGAAUCACUGGAACAUCUACAAAGCUCUUUUCUACUGGCUUUUAUGGCAUCUCCAAGACAUUCGGAAUGUUCCUCUUCACCUUCUGGGUUGCUGAGAGAGUCGGUCGACGAAAGGGACUAUUGUGGGGAUCUGCACUUGGAUGCAUUCCAAUGUGGUAUAUUGGAGGAUAUGUCAUGAAAGCAGACCCUGCCACAGCUGCCGCGGCAGGCCAAGUCACCCAGGACGGCUGGGGCUAUCUUGCCAUGGCUUGUGUUUACAUCAACGGAAUAAUCAUCUGCGCAACGUGGCAAGGAAUCACUUGGCUGUACGCUUCUGAAGUGCAGACACUGGAAAUCAGAAUGCUGGCCGUCUCUAUCACAACCGCCACAACCUGGCUAGGAAGCUUCAUCAUUGCCCGCUCCACCCCCUACAUGAUCUCCGACCUAGGAUACGGCGCAUACUUCUUCUUCAGCAGUGUCUUGAUGCUCAUGGGCAUUUGGGCAUUCUUCUUCGUGCCAGAGACCAAGGGCCUGACCCUUGAGGACAUGGACGCUCUGUUCAUGCAACCUACCCAUAAGACAGUGUGGGCUCAAAUGAGAGGUAGGGCAGUGGUGGCCCCUGGUCGUGCCAGAUCUCCCUCCAUUACCGAUGAGAAAUACGAGGCAAAUAUCGAGGCUGCUCAGAUUGAAGAGCGUACCAGGUCAUGA